AUGUCCAGAAUCCGCCUCCGCCACUUCUCCAGCACGCCCAUGUCGCGCCUCCUCCCCCUCCGUCGCAGCUCCUCCUCCACCUCCCGGCGCUCAAGAUCCUGGUCUGCGGCCGCCUCCUUUGCCGCAGCCACCGAGCGCGUCCGCGCCGGGACGCUCAGCCCGGAGGAGGCACACCAGCUGUUCGACGAAUUGCUGCGGCAGGCCACCCCGGUCCCCGAGCGCUCCUUCAACGCCUUCCUCGCUGCACUCGCCCGUGCUCCGUCGUACGACGACCGAAGAAUUGGCCCCACUCUCGCCGUCGCGCUCUUCAACCGCGUGUGCCGAGAAGAUGCCGGCAUGCUGGUGGCGCAGCCCACAGGCUGCACCUAUGGCAUCCUCAUGGACUGCUGCUGCCGCGCACGUCGACCGGACCUAGGGCUUGCCUUCUUCGGCCGCCUCCUCAGACUUGGCCUGAAGAUAGACCAGGUCACCGCCAACACCUUCCUCAAGUGCCUGUGCGAGGCAAAACGGACAGAUGAGGCUGUCAACAUGCUGCUGCUUCAUAGGAUGCCCGAGCUUGGCUGCGUGCCUAAUGUUAUCUCAUACAACACGGUUCUGAAGAGGUUAUGCGAAGAUAGCAGGACCCAGCAAGCACUUGAUCUGCUCCAGAUGGUGGCGAGAGAAGGAGGUGGCUGCUCCCCCAACGUGGUGACAUAUAACACAGUCAUCCACGGCUUGUUUAAGGAGGGCGAAAUAGGCAAGGCAUGCAAUCUAUUCCAUGAAAUGAUGCGGCAAGGUGUUGCACCCAAUGUGGUUACAUAUAACUUGGUUAUUGAUGCGUUGUGCAAGUCCGGAGCAACAGACAAGGCAAAGCUUGUCCUUCGCCAGAUGGUUGGGAAUGGUGUUCAACCGGAUGGAGUGACUUAUACUUGCAUGAUCCAUGGACAUUCCACAUCAGGGCGGUGGGGUGAGGCGGCUAAAAUGUUCAGAGAAAUGACAAGCCGAGGCCUGAUACCAGGUAUUGUUACUUGCACCUCAUUCAUGGCAUCCCUUUGCAAGCAUGGAAGAAGCAAAGAAGCUGCAGAAAUAUUUUAUUCCAUGAUUUCCAAGGGACACAAACCUGAUAUCGUCUCAUACUUAAUUUUGCUUCAUGGGUAUGCCAAUGAAGGAUGCUUAGUUGAUAUGAUUAAUCUUUUUAAUUCAAUGAAAGACAACGGUAUUGUACCCAACUGCAAGGUUCUCAACAUAUUAAUUGGUGCAUAUGCUAAACGUGGAAUGAUGGAUGAAGCUAUGCUCAUAUUUACUGAAAUGCACGGACAAGGACUGAGUCCGGAUGUAGUCACCUAUACAAUUGUAAUAGACGCACUUUGUAGAAUGGGUAGGCUGGCCGAUGCUGUGGAGAAAUUUGAUGGGAUGAUAGAUGUGGGAAUACAACCAAACAAUGCUGUUUAUCAAUGCCUAAUCCAGGGUUGUUGUAUACAUGGUGAUUUGGUUAAAGCAAAGGAGUUGGUUUCUGAAAUGAUGAACAAAGGUAUUCCGCGUCCCAGCAUGUCGUUCUUCACUUCAGUGAUAAGCAAUCUAUGCAAAGAAGGAAGGGUUGGGCAUGCUAAAGAUAUCUUUGACCUGGUUAUACACAUUGGUGAGAGGCCUAAUGUCAUUACGUUUACUUCACUGAUUGACGGAUAUUGCUUAGUCGGCAAGAUGGAUAAAGCACUCAGAGUUCUUGAUGGAAUGGAAUCAGCUGGUGUUGAGCCUGAUGUUGUUACAUACAAUACUCUUCUGAAUGGCUAUUUUAAAAAUGGAAGGGUCAAAGAUGGUCUGGCUCUAUUCGCAGAAAUGACACGUAAGAGAAUAAAACCUGACAUUGUUACAUAUAGCAUCAUACUGCAUGGGUUAUUUCGUUCUGGGAGCACUAAUGCUGCAAAGAAAAUGUUCCGUGAGAUGACCGAAAGUGGAAUAACGGUUGACAUUUUCACCUACAGAAUAAUUCUUGGAGGACUUUGCAGAAAUAAUUGUGUUGGUGAAGCAAUCGAGCUGUUCCGGGAAUUAGGUGCAAUGAAAGUAAAGUUUGAUAUUACAACACUCAAUAUCAUGAUCAAUGCAAUGUACAAGGUUCGAAGAAGAGAAGAAGCUAAAAAUUUGUUUGCUGCAAUCUCAACCAGUGGGUUGGUACCUAAUGUUUCUACUUAUGGCAUAGUGAUAAAAAAUCUUCUAAAAGAAGGGUCAGUGGAAGAAGCGGGCAUUAUCUUUUCAUCAAUGGAGAAGAUUGGUUGUGCUCCCUGCUCCCGCCUUGUAAAUGAUAUCAUCAGAAUGUUGUUAGAAAAAGGUGAGAUUGCCAAGGCCGGAGAUUAUUUGUCUAAAGUUGAUGGAAAGAGCAUCUCACUUGAAGCUUCCACUACUUCGUUGAUGUUGUCUCUCUUUUCAAGGAAUGGGAAAUAUCGGGAGGAUGUGAAAUUGCUCCCGGCAAAGUAUCAAUUUUUCCAUGGGCUUGGUUGAGUAGUUGAUACAUUGUAUAUUGGACCAACUCCCAAGAAAGCACAACGGAUUUUUGGCUCGCGUAAAGCCCUCCUGGCAGCAUAAGAAAUCCAAACUGCCUGCGGUGUGUCAGAAUCACAAGAAAGUGAAAUGUGUAUCCCUAUUAUAUCCUUAGGGAUAAUGGCUUCUGAUUGCCACUGGGGAAUGUACGCAGAAUGAAUACUAAUACAAUCUUUUCUACCAGCCACCUUGACAUUUUGUAAUCUCUCUAAAACUUUCACUUUUCUUCAUAGUUCAUAUGAAUGUAUAUUUAGCAAUGUUAUUCUCAGUGAUCUUCUACAUAUGCAAGGUUGGGCUUACUUUUAGUUCAUAAGUAUCGUGUUUAUAUGUCAGAGCAAUCUGGAAGAAUGGAUGUUUGAGGUUGUUGAUGCUAUGUCCAAUUAUCAGAUGUAUGAGCUGUAUCAACUAGUGGAGCUUGUUCCAGUAUGAUUUCUCUUUUGCUUUACUUCAUUGACAUUCAACUAGUUUCCUUGUGAUUUAUGUAAAGGUAUGGC